AUGCCUGGCCUACGUAUGGGUUUGGGCUUGGAUCUCCCCCCCGCUUCUGCGUUUGCUCGGGGCUGGAGACGAGGAGAGAGAGAGAGUGAUGGAUUGAUUGAUGAAUGGAGGGCGACUCUUUGUCUACCUGAGCUUUGGCUGGUUCGCCGUGUUUCAAACUUGUACACAGUAUCUCCCGACUACUGCCCUAAUUUCCUCCUCUACGGCAGUCACUGCCAUGCCUUGGCAAUCACCAGACGGGCCGGCGGAAGGCAAAUGGUAGCCUCAUCCUUCGUCCUGCUGGCAUCCAUGACCGUUGUCCCCUCUGGGUCCCUCUGCAAGCUAAGCUUGACUGGAACGCAGAUCCGUCAAAUGGGCGAUUUCUUCUGCCAGCCCACCUGCACCUUUCUGAUUUGGGUUAUAUGGAGUGUCUCCGUGUCUCGUCAAUUUUACCCCAUGGAUUCUGACAGCUUAUUUAUUAUGAUUUGCCCUUUCCAGAACCUUUCAUCGGCCGUCUACGCUGCCGUAUAUAUCCUCUAA